AUGAGCGGCGCCCGCUGUCCGACAGCCGCCGACCGAGACAUCACGGUGCUUGCGGGCCAUGCCGUUGUGCGUCUGUUACAUGCUUCCAUCUGCGGGACCGACCUGCAUAUCCUGAAGGGCGAUGUGCCCAGUGCAACGCCGGGGCUCGUGUUGGGCCAUGAGGGCGUUGGCGUCGUGGACCAAGUCGGAUCCGCUGUGCAUGGCUUACACGUUGGCGAUCGCGUGGUGAUAUCUUGCAUGACUUCGUGCGGAGCAUGCCGAUUCUGUGCGCGAGGCAUCGUUGCCCAUUGUGAGACAGGAGGAUGGAUAUUGGGGAAUAGAAUCGAUGGCACACAAGCGGAGUUUGUGCGGAUUCCACACGCGACCCUGUCCUUACACAUACUGCCUUCAUCCAUCCCCCUGCGUGCUGCUGUCGCUCUCUCGGAUUCCUUUCCCACUGGCUACGAGUGCGGCGUGCUAAGCGCCGGUGUUCAGCCCGGUGGAUCGGUGGUAAUUGUGGGUGCAGGACCCGUGGGCAUAGCGGCGCUGUUGACCGCGCGGCUGCACUCACCUUCGCUCAUCGUCAUGGUCGACCUGGACGAACCGCGGCUAGCGAUGGCACGUCGUCUAGGCGCGCAUGCCACAGUCAAUUCCGCGGCGCCGGACAUCUCGCAGAAACUCCUCGAUCUGACCAAAGGCCAGGGCUUCGACUCGGUCAUUGAAGCUGUCGGGAUCCCCGCGACGUUUGCCCUGUGCCAAGAGCUGGUCGCCGUAGGCGGCGCAAUCGCGAAUGUGGGUGUUCACGGCACCAAAGUUGACUUGCACCUGGAGACCCUUUGGGAUCGGAAUAUUAGUAUCCACAUGUCGCUAGUCAAUGCUACGACUACAGACCGGCUACUGCGGCUGGUCGAGUCCGGCACACUAGACAUUGGGUCGCUGGUAACGCAUAACUUCCCCUGUGCCCAGGCGGUCACAGCCUAUGAGAUCUUCAAAGACGCGUCGGCCCACCAGGCGCUGAAAGUGGCCAUCGACUUUGAGUAA